AUGGAUGAAGAUAAGUUUAAUUUGAAAGUUGCAUUAAGUUUGCUACCAGUUAUGUCCGACGAUGUUGACACGAUAAAACAAUUAAUUGAAAAUAUAGCAUACUAUAACUCUGUACUAACCAAGCCAGAAUGUAAAAAUAAAUUAAUUAUGUUUGUACUAAAAAGCAGAAUUUCGCAGUCUGCAAAAUUAAAAUUAGAAUCUGGUUAUGAUACUGUUGAGGACUUAUUAAAGGAUAUGCGGAGGCAACUCAUACCUCAAAAAGCCGCUACUGCUAUUCAGAGUAAGUUACAGCGUGCGCGGCAAAAUAAUAAAACUAUAGCAGAUUUUGGUAAAGAGAUAUCGGAGUUGUUUGCGGACCUUACGGUUUCUCAGGCUGAUGGUGAUCCGUCAAGUUCUAAGUUGUUAAAGUCCAUUAAUGAAAAGUAUGCAAUAAAACGUUUUGCCGAUGGCCUAAGAAAUCAAAGGUUAAGCACCAUAAUCGCUGCGCGUAAUUUUUCUUCCCUAAAGGACGCAAUUCAAUCGGCGCAGGACGAAGAGGUGUCUACAUCAACAGGAACUGAGGAAGUUAUGGGUCAUUACCUUGUAAAACAAAUGGCAUUCUAG